CCAGGCGGCUGCUUUGGCUUUGCCCUUCGCUCUGUGGGAGCCAUGAGCACGGCUCCGCUUCCCAACGGGAGCAACGUCGCCGUCGGGGCACCCUUGGGGGCCGGCGGCAACGGGACGGCGGAAACGCAGUUCACGCAGCCCGGCUGGCAGAUCGCGCUCUGGGCCGUCACCUACGCGCUCGUGGUGGCGGCCGCGCUCGUGGGCAACGGCACCGUCAUCUGGAUCAUCCUGGCGCACCGGCGCAUGCGGACAGCCACCAACUACUUCAUCGUCAACCUGGCGCUGGCCGACGCGCUCCUGGCCGCCUUCAACACCGUCUUCAACUUCGUCUACGCCAGCCACAACGUGUGGUACUUCGGCGAGGAGUUCUGCCGCUUCCAGAACUGGUUCCCCGUCACGGCCAUGUUCGUGAGUAUUUACUCCAUGACGGCCAUCGCUGCGGAGAGGUACGUGGCCAUAAUCCACCCGUUCCGGCGGCGGCUGUCGGCGGGAGGCACCCGGGUCGUCAUCGCGCUCAUCUGGCUCGUGGCCUUCGGCCUCGCCUUCCCGCAGUGCUUCUACGCCGAGAUCCUCACGGACAACGGGGCCACCAAGUGCGUCGUCGUCUGGCCCGACGACGUGGGCUGGAAGCACCAGCUCACGUAUCACCUGGUGGUGAUCGUGCUGAUCUAUCUGCUGCCCUUGCUGGUGAUGUUCGUGGCGUACAGCAUCAUCGGGGUCACGCUGUGGAGCAGCAGUGUGCCGGGCGGCCACGUGAACCGCCUCCCRUACGAGCAGCAAGUGAACGCCAAAAAGAAGUUUGUGAAGACCAUGGUGGUGGUCGUGGUCAUCUUCGCCGUCUGCUGGCUGCCCUACCACAUCUACUUCCUCCUGGGCCACCUCAAGGAGGACAUCUACCAGCAGAAGUACAUCCAGCAGGUCUACCUGGCCAUCUUCCUGCUGGCCAUGAGCUCCACCAUGUACAACCCCAUCAUCUACUGCUGCCUCAACCAGAAGUUUCGCUCCGGCUUCAAGCUCGCCUUCCGCUGGUGUCCGUGUGUCACAGCGACCGAGAGGGACAAACUGAAGCUCGCGUCGCCCUUGCACUUCCAGACGACGCGGAGGAAGUCCAAGGCCUCCAGCUUCAGCACGGACAYGCAGCUCAACGAGAGGACGUCGUUCACCCUGGCGCAGCUCACGCUCUGACCGCCUUCCCUAUCAGAAACUCGGGGGCACGUGGUGGGGUCUUUGCYCCAGGAUAGACAAGAUUUUCGUGCUCACAUUACAGGCAUUUUGGUAGCGCAACAAGGAAGGGGACAGCGAGUGCGUCCCCGAGAACAUCGGGGAGCAUCGGAGCUGCAAAACGCAGCCCUUG